GCUGUUGGACUCACUUGCAUCGGGUGCUGGUGGCCACGGCAGGAGUGCAGGGCUGGGAGCGAGCUCUGUGCCUCGAGCUCCAGGGCUGGUCUCUCCUGCUCACCCCGUCCCUCCCGUGCCAGUGCGCCCUGUCUGGGACCUGGACCAGUAGUCGGGGCUGCCGGAUGCUCAUCUUCGAGCUCAAAGAUGGGGCCUUCUCUGGCUUGUACCUGCCUCAGAAGGCAAUGGUCCCCCACAAUGAUGUCCUGGCAUCGCCACUGCGGGGAGCCCAGCACGACACCAGCUACAAGACCCAGCCCAGCUUUGGCUUCACCGUGCACUGGCAUUUCCGAGGUAUGGGGCCCAGCUGCCUCUGGGCUGGGGCAUGCAGGGCAGGGCGCUGCUGCUGGAGAUGGUCCCUUUGCCUGCUCCAUACCUGCAAAAAGUCCCCGGCAGGAGCGACGACCGCCUUCGUGGGCCAGUGCUUCGUGGACAGUGAUGGGGAGGAGACGCUGAGGACCGCGUGGCUGCUGCGAGAGGAGGCUGCUGCCGCCAGAGAAGACUGGAAAGCCACCAGGUGA